AGGGCUGAGGACAGUUGAGAGUCAAGGUCAAGUGAAGAACUUGGAUCAUCUGGGCAUAAGCUGGGAUCAGGCCCCAUCACAUCUCCUAGGCCCCAUUCAGAGUGGAAAACAUGUCUCACCCGAAACCUGGUGGGGCAGAAUGGGAGCCUGGGCGGUCCUCCUGGGGAGGAGGCCAAGGUCGCACUUGCUCCUGGAACACCAGCAAUCUCCUCCCGGGCAGCUGACACCUUCUUGUGACCACCUUCUACCUCCCACCCUGCCCCAGUGUUUCACGAAAUAAGAAUGUCUAAGCCCCUGGAGGCCGAGAAGCAAGGUCUGGACUCCCCGUCAGAGCACACAGACACUGAAAGAAAUGGACCAGACACUAACCAUCAGAACCCCCAAAAUAAGGCCUCCUCGUUCUCUGUGUCUCCAACUGGCCCCAGCACCAAGGUGGGCAUUCUCUCUGGCCUCCACUUAACAUUCUGGGGUCCCGGACCCUGCCUCUCUCCCCCCCAGAUCAAGGCUGAAGAUCCCAGUGGUGACUCAGCCCCCGCAGUGCCCCCGCCUCCCCAGCCGGCUCAGCCUCAUCUACCCCAGGCCCAACUCAUGCUGACGGGCAGCCAGCUAGCUGGGCUCACAGCACUGAUGCCAGCUCAGCAGCAGCUCCUCCUGCAGCAAGCCCAGGCCCAGCUGCUGGCCGCCGCCGUACAACAGUCCAGCGCCGCCGCUGCUGCUAAUGCCGCCGCCGCUGCCGCCGCCUCCUCUUCUACUUCUUCCUCCUCCUCCUCUUCUGCCUCCUCUUCGCAGCCCCCAGCCUCCUCUGGGGGAGGCGACCUGCCACCACCACAGCCUGCCAGCCAGCCCCCUGGAACCCCACAGCUCACCUUGUCCCAACCCAUCCAGCUCACAGCACAGGACAUACAGCAGCUCCUCCAGCUCCAGCAGCUGGUGCUUGUGCCAGGCCACCACCUCCAGCCACCUGCUCAGUUCCUGCUGCCGCAGACCCAGCAGAGUCAGCCAGGCCUGCUACCGACGCCAAAUCUAUUCCAGCUACCUCAGCAAACCCAGGGAGCUCUUCUGACCUCCCAACCCCGGGCCGGGCUUCCCACACAGGCCGUGACCCGCCCCACGCUGCCCGACCCGCACCUCUCACACCCGCAGCCCCCCAAAUGCUUGGAGCCACCAUCCCACCCCGAGGAACCCAGUGAUCUGGAAGAGCUGGAGCAGUUCGCCCGCACCUUCAAGCAACGACGCAUCAAGCUGGGCUUCACACAGGGUGAUGUGGGCCUGGCCAUGGGCAAGCUCUACGGCAACGACUUCAGCCAGACGACCAUUUCCCGCUUUGAGGCCCUCAACCUGAGCUUUAAGAACAUGUGCAAACUCAAGCCUCUCCUGGAGAAGUGGCUCAAUGACGCAGAGACUAUGUCUGUCGACUCAAGCCUGCCCAGCCCUAACCAGCUGAGCAGCCCCAGCAUGGGUUUUGACGGGCUGCCCGGCCGGAGACGCAAGAAGAGGACCAGCAUCGAGACAAAUGUCCGCUUCGCCUUAGAGAAGAGUUUUCUAGCGAACCAGAAGCCUACCUCAGAGGAGAUCCUGCUGAUCGCCGAGCAGCUGCACAUGGAGAAGGAAGUAAUCCGCGUCUGGUUCUGCAACCGACGCCAGAAGGAGAAACGCAUCAACCCCUGCAGCGCGGCGCCCAUGCUGCCCAGCCCAGGGAAACCAGCCAGCUACAGCCCCCAUCUGGUCACACCCCAAGGGGGCGCAGGGACUUUACCAUUGUCCCAAGCUUCCAGCAGUCUGAGCACAACAGUUACUACCUUAUCCUCAGCUGUGGGGACGCUCCACCCCAGUCGGACAGCUGGAGGGGGUGGAGGCGGGGGCGGGCCUGCGCCCCCCCUCAAUUCCAUCCCUUCUGUCACUCCCCCACCCCCGGCCACCACCAACAGCACAAACCCCAGUCCUCAAGGCAGCCACUCGGCUAUCGGCUUGUCAGGCCUGACCCCCAGCACGGGAAGCACAAUGGUGGGGUUGAGCUCCGGGCUAAGUCCAGCCCUCAUGAGCAACAACCCUUUGGCCACUAUCCAAGCCCUGGCCUCUGGUGGAACCCUGCCCCUUACCAGCCUUGAUGGCAGCGGGAACCUGGUGCUGGGGGCGGCUGGCGCGGCCCCAGGGAGCCCUGGCCUGGUAACUUCGCCACUCUUCUUGAACCACGCCGGGCUGCCCCUGCUCAGCGCCCCGCCUGGCGUGGGCCUGGUCUCAGCAGCGGCUGCGGCAGUGGCAGCCUCCAUCUCCAGCAAGUCUCCUGGCCUCUCCUCCUCAUCCUCUUCAUCCUCGUCCUCCUCCUCCUCCACUUGUAGUGAGGCGGCAGCACAGACCCCUGGAGGCCCAGGGGGGCCCGAGGCAGGGUCCAAGCCUGAGUGAGGGCCCAUCAUGCUUCCCCUCCCACUCCUCUGACCCUCCACCUUGGUCCCCCGCCUGGGAAGAGGGCGAGGAGGCCAGUGGUGGGGGUACAGCGGGUCCUUGGAGCAGGAGUGACAAGGGAGGAAAGACCAAAAACCCAAUCAACCAAAAAAAGAAGAAACUAACCAACAAAAAAGAAAACCAAAAAUAAUCACAACAGAAACCAGCUGCCCCAAAGGAACCAGAGGUGAAAAACAAAUAAAAAAACCAAAAACAAACAAAAACCCCACAAAAAUCAAACCAAAAACCAGUCUCGAGCCAGACCUCAGAGUGCUCACCCUCACUGCUACGACACCAAAUAAGAACCCCAGCCAGGAGCAGAGCAGCCUCCUGCAGGUCGGACCUCAUGCUGCCGAGCCCUGGCUGUGGGCAACCUCCAACCUUGCCCCCCAAGUGGGGGCUAAAGAAGGAAAAAGAGAAUGUGCCAGCCUGCUGACCCCUGCCCCAACUCUGGGCCAGCGGAGACAGGGCACAGCCUGGGGCAGAGGGCCCUGACCCAGAACCACCCAUCAAAUGUUCUUUUCCAGAAGGUGAAAGAAAGGGCCUGAACAACCUUACACCAAAUAUUCAGUAGCUUCAUCCAAAGGAUGUACAGACUUUUUAGCGUUGUGCUCAACAGAAUGUGUCCCUACCAUAUGUCCCCCUCUCCCCUGGCCCCCAGCUCUCCCCACCUGGGCAGGGGGUCUUUCUUUAGCCCUCUUCCCUCCCCCAGCCAGGGGUGAGUUCGGGAGAAGGCCCGGGGAUGAUUUUUCACCUGUACCUCCCCCUUUUCCCUUUGAAGGGUGGGCUAGGCCAUUUUGCCAAGUUCCAGCUCUCAUAAGUCCCUCCUCAACCCUGUCACCCUCUUGUGCUCUGGAAUCUACCCCUCUCCAGCCUGUGGGAAGGUGAAUGUUUCAGGCAAUAGGUGAUGAGGUGAGGGCAUUCAAGUUGUCUUUUUUUCCAUCCUGUCAGUUUCCCUGAAAAAAAAUAUUCAUAUUCCAGUGCCUAUCCGUGGGAUCCUUCACGUUCUGACAUUAACCAGAAACCAAAAAGAUAACUCACCUCAUUCCGCCCACCCUGUGCCCCUCUGACACUGGCAGAUGCCUACCCUCCCCUGUCCCGACGCACACACGCACGCACCCCAGUGGUGGGUUCCUCCAGAUGGCAUCCCCAUCAGGGUCCAUGUGGCGGGGACAGUGCCAUGACCUAUGGUCCCCAUCCAAGAGGGCGUUGUGGUGGUCACCACUCCCAUGAGACCUCCACAAGUCUUGGCUGGACCCUGGGUUUGCCCAGCCCUAGACGCAUCUUGAUGAUGGACAGAGGAGAGACGCUACUGGGAGCCACCUUGCCCUCCUGCUGUUGUGGAGGCCAACAAAGUUUUGAACCAAAAAAACAAACAAACAAACAAACAAAAACCAAACAAACAAUAAAUUAAAACUAGAAAAAAAGAAUUUAUAGAUAUAUAUAUAUAUAAAUAAAUAUAUAAGGGAAAGAAGACAAGGACUCUUCAAGAAUAAGAAGGAAGCUCGAGGUGGAGCCAAGCCCCUGCACCAAUGGUCCAGGCCCUUGGUCCCCAAGGCGGAUGGAAGGACGGAUGCUUCUUUCUCUUCACAAAUACCUCAUGGACGUCGUCUUCGGGAAAGCCGGAGGGGGACGGCUGGGGCAGGGCCUGUCCCUCAGCCAGGGUGGAUGGAAGUGGGUGGGCAGGGCUGAGAGAGGGUGUCAGGGACAGGGGUGAAGAGCCCCAAACUCCUCGCCCCCCCAAUCAACUGAAAAAGCUUUAAAAAAAAAGACAGGAAAAAAAAAGAAGAAAGCAAAAAGAAUGGACGAAGGAAAACCAACAGUUUUCGGGUGGUUUGAUUCCUCCUUUGAUUUCUUUUUCUGUUCUCUCCUGUCUCCUUCCUCUUUCUUGCCCUCCCUCCCUCCCUGCCCUCUCCUCUCUCUUCUCCUUUCCCUUUGUUCUUUUCUCACUUCUCUCAAUCUCAUUCUUUCUGUGUCUCUCCUCAAACCAAAGUGUUGCUGUGAAGGACUGGAGCCAUUGAAAUCAGAGUGGUCCCCGCCCCUGGCUGGGCAGGAGCAGAGGGAGGGGAGCCUGGAGAUGGCCGGGUGGCCUCCAUGCUUUCUGCUGGACACUCCAAAGAGAGGCAGAUGGAGCCCCAGCCUCAGCGUUCUCUUUUCUUCUGGUCUCCCUUCUCCCAACCGGGAAACAAAACUGUUGGGCUGGGCCACAGAGGCAGCAGAGACAGCCAUCACAAGGGCCUCGGUGCCUUGUCUGGGCAGUGGUGGAGCAGCGCCUCUCCCACCCCUGGCACUAAUGGGGCCUGGCACCUCGUCAGCCCAUCCUUGCUAGAAUGUAAGCAUCUCCGAUGAAUCAGCUCUCUGCCCUCACCCUACCUCUGAGUUUGUCCAUUUGAUGUCCUGAAAAGGGCCUGGUGAAAGGACCUAAGCCCCAGCCCAGGGGUGGAGAGGGGCCAAGGGCUCCUGAACGGAUAGGAAGGAUGUUUGAGCAGAGCAGAAUGAAAGGAAUGAUGACCAAAAACCCCCUCCGAGAAGACAGGCAGCAUGGAAGGCAUGGUGGAGAUGACUCAAACGAAAGCUAUGAUUCUAGACCAAAAAAAGGAAAAAAAGAAAAAGAAAAAAAAAAAAAAAA